GCACAACGUAAUCAGGCAGACCCGGUCGAUAACUUCGGGCAGGUAGGUACAGGAGGAGCAGGCGGAGAGAAUGGUCAGGGUCACAAGCCAGGGAUCAAAACAGGAGAAGUCAGCAGAGGUCAGGAUCAAGCAGGGUCAGCAACAAGAACAGGAACAGGAACACAGGUUACAAGAUACAGGGGCCCAUGGAAAAACACACACCAAGGCACAGCCUGCAGGUCUGGCAAUCCCUUAAAUACACCUGCAUAAUCAGCUUCAGGUGUUUGGCUGGCUGCAGGGUUGAGUCUCUGAUUGCUGAGAGCACCCGCUGGCCAGCCCUGGUACUGCAGCCCACAAGGCAGGUGAGUCCCACCAUUACUGGCAAGUCCAUUCCUGACCGCAGGGAAGUGUGUUAGGACCAGCCUGAUCAUUGAAUUAGCUCCCAGCACAGCCAGAACUCUGACCAGGAUGUGUUCUAAAU